AUGGAGGGCUACAUGCUUCACUGGCAAGAAACCUCGCUCAAGGCCGGGGACUGUGCUGAUUUUCUAGUGGCUUCUGGUAGGAGGCUUUCAAAGUGCUCACAGCUGCUUCACUUUCUGGAGCGGAACUACUUUCAUGAGAACAAGAUGCCGUUCUCUUCUGAUGAUGGAGCGGCCCCUUGGAGAGAGUUGGAAGCUGCGCUGCGUGCCUUUGCUGUAGAAUAUCCGACUGGUCACAUGGAGCUGCAGAUAGCGCGCAUUACAGAAGCCGUGGGUAGUCUCUUCUCCAAGCUGUUGGAUAAAGAGUCGAGCUUCAGGUUCUAUAUAUCCGUCUCUAACAGCUCUGAAAGCACCAUCGAAGAUCACAAGAACGAAUUCCGCUUCCUGGUGGAAUUCAAGACCGCAAUGUUGACUUAUAAGGACGAGUUGGAGACGUGCUACACAGCUUUCAGGAGAGCCCAGGCGCGGCGAGACCGUUCGGCGCAAUGUCAGCCGAGAUCAUCUCCUGUCGACCUCACUCGAAAGUUCGCCUGGAACCCUGGCGGUGGAUACGAGCCGAUCGUGGUUACCUGGGAGACCCUGGAGAAGGAGGCGCCGAAGCAAGGGCGAGGUUUCCAACCAUGGACGAAGGUCAACCUGUGGGCUAUCCAGGAGCUUGAGAAGGUGUACGGCGUCCCUCCGAAGCGAACCGGGGCUGACUUCAUGACCGUUUUCUACUAUUUCGACAAGGCUGCCUACACUCACGAGCAGGCGAUCGUGGAAGGAGGUGGAACGCCGGGCAGAGCGAAGGCUAGGGCCGUCUACGUCCUGGUAGAUACUGUCGAGGGGCGGCGUCGGUUGAGGAAGAUCUGCUCGUGUAGGCAGUCUUCUACUAUCAGAAAGACAUUAGGGCACUUUAGCAAGAGGUUGUGA